AUUACUGUGCGUGACCCACAUUGAAGUCCUAUGGUCCUCUCCAAUAAAGCCCCUUCCCAGUAAAGGUUCAGUUGAUUUGUAACAUUCGCCAAGGUUCAAUUCAGUUAGAAAUUGAAAACCGAAUUGGAUAAUUCUUUUUUUUAAAAAAAACUGAACUGUCGUUUGAUAAUGAUUUUAAAUUAUAAGAACCGGUAUGUUUUAGUUCGGUGUUUGAUUUUGUGUAAAAUUGAAUCGAAAAAAAAUCGAGUGCACCCCCAUUAUGGGUCUCAUAAAAGUUAAGCUUAAAGAUUUAAUUUUACCGAAACUAAUAUAGAUUGGUUUGAAAUUUAGGCCUAACCGAACCCAAGUGGACCUAUGCAGUAUAAACAGCCGCAGUAAACAGUCUACCGCAGUAUUUGAUAAAAGUUUUUUAGGCUUUAAACAUGUACACACGGACUUGGACCUUCACCUUGUAAUUCAUUGUCUGACUUCCUAUGAGGAGGCAGUUUCAAGCUCUGCGAUUCUGCAGCCUCGGAGAAAAUUAGGUUUCCAGGAAGAUGGACAAUAUUCCAGGAUCGUCGUCAUCGUCGUCGCCGCCCGGGAAAAAGCGCCGGCGAGAGCAAGAUGUUGAGAUUGAAACUUACGAUGCGCAUCAAACGCUGUCCCUCGAGGGAAAUCUUACUUUUACCGACACUAUGGUUGCACUCCGUAUAAUGCAUGCGCAGUUUCCACCAAUUGAAAAGAUUUCAAUUCAGCCUUUCAUUUUACGGUCGCAAUUGUAUAGCAGUGUCAAGGACAGAACUCAAGUUGAUAGGGAAUUAGAGAUUGAACGUGUUGCAAAAAGAACGCAAGCAAAGGAGCCAGAUGAUCUUGCAGUUUUUGAAUGGUUUAAAAUGCAUGUUAUCGCUUCUAGGCUGGAACCCAGUAUUGAAUAUCAAGAGCUUUGUUUGCUUUUGUCACAUGGGGGGAAUGUUAAAGAUGAACACAUCUCUCUUUUAAUCAAUGCUGGUCUUCUUACUCGCCAACUUAUUGAUCCAAACAUGUACUGGUUUUCAAUUCCAAAUAUUGGUUCAGUACUUAAAGGCCUUUCUCAGGGAAGAAAGGAGCUCCUGUCUUUUCUAAACCGAAGGAGAUACAAAGAGAUGAUGUUGGCUGUUUUGGAGAAGAAGCGCCUCCGGUUCUCUCCACUUGAUAUAAGGUUUCAUCUCCGUGAUCUUAUUGGCUCAGGUCACCUUAAAACGAUCCACACACCUACUGGCCUUGUUGUUCGGGUCUCAAAGGAUUAAAAUUUGGGGAAGAGGCUGGAACCUCUAUCCAACUUUCGUGAAGUGGGACAUGACUAAAGAUUUCAGGCAAUGACAUGCAUCGACAGCAAUGGAUACAACAUGAUUAAAUUGCUGAGGUGCAACACUUUCUUUCCUAUAAAAGACGUUGUUGCAACUGUUGCUGCCUCUUAACCGCAGACAUUUUUGACUUCUGCAACCAGGUUGUGGGUGCUGCCCUGUUCCUUUCAUGUUCCCUUCGUGACUUCGUCACCUUUAGUUUAUGUUACUGGAGAAUCUACGGUGCCACCAUCAAAAUGAAGCCUUUACGCAUCCUCACGGGGUUGGGGUUUCAUUUUUUUAAAAUAGACAGGGUACCUUAGAUUAAUUGUUGACAAGUGCUUCCUUUUGGAUAUUGGAUUUUGAUUGGUCCUGUUUGGUAAUUACGUGUGCAACUGCAAAAAUAGCACAGUGAGGUGGGGUUCGCUAGAUGACUUCUGACUGGAGAAAGGUCCAACUCUGGGACCCCAUAGUGGGGGACCCCAGACAGGUAUAUUUGCAUAGGAUACCAGACGAAUGGCUAGUAGAAUAUGCCAUUCAAUCAGGACAACAGUACUGGCUGUCCUUACUAUGCAUUUUUUCUCCUUCGAGAGAAAAAAACUGUGUCGUGAAAACAUUAGUACUGUAUAUUAUAAACAAUGCUCAUGAUGAUAUCCUGUCGUGGUUCGAGGUUGUUGAUGGCCAAAAAAUACUCUCAGACGCGUAGUGUUCAAUCAUAUUUUGGAUAAGUUCAUGGCAACUGCAAAUCUGCGAGCUUCCCCAGUGCCAGGGUGUGGGUUUGCUGGUGUAAUCUGUUAAUCUGUAUGUUAGCAUGAUUUAUUUAUUAAUUGCAAAAUCUGUCAAACACCAUGGUUGUUGCCA